AUGGAUCUAGAAAAUCAUACUCGUAAUGUUUGGAUUAUACUAGGAACUUUAUCAGGCGUAGGUAUGAUUGUUGCUGUCAUACAAACAUGGGCAUGGUUUUCAAAAUCAGGAAAAGAGGUCAUCGAUUUACCAACACUUGGUAAAUUUUUACUUCAUUUUCUUGAUAUUCUUUCUACUGUUAUUUUUCUUGUCAUGGCUGGUGUUUCAGUUUGGUGGUUAAUUUUUUUUAAAUCACAAGUUGAUAGUACAUUUGAAUCAAAGACAAAUUCACAACAAAAUAUAUUUAAAAUUCUAUUCAUUGUUUCAUUUAUACUGAAAACAGUCGAUAUUAUUCAUCUUAUUAUACAACAAACAACAAUAGAUAUUUUCUUUAUAGAUUGGGAAAGACCAAAAGCAGUUAAUUCGAAUACUGUCUCCGCUUGGCGAACAUGUUUUGUAGCUAAUGAAUUUAAUGAAAUUCAAACAUUUCGUCGUAUUCAUGUACCAUUUCAUCUUUUUUUUGCUUUAUUCUUGCUCAAAGUAAUCAAUCUAGAAAAUAUAGCUUUAGUUGAUACUAACAUUAUUCUCUUUCCAUCAUCACCUGCAGCUAAUUAUACUAUGGAAUAUGAUAGUGUUUUUCGUAUUGGUACUGCUUUUCUUGUAUUACUUGGAACGGCUUUUAUUCAAUAUUUUGUUUAUAUAAUUAUCUAUCAACGUUUAAUCGGAGAUAAAAUACUUAAUUUUGUUGAUUUAUGUUCUGUAUCGAAUAUAAGUGUUUUUAUUCUUGAUCAAAAUUAUCAUGGAUAUUAUAUUCAUGGUCGUUCACCACAUGGUAUAGCUGAUGUUAAUAUUAGAGAUAUGCUUAUGAAUUUAGAACGUGAAUCAAAAUCAAUGAGUAGUACACGAGGUUUACAAGCUAAUUCAACAGAACAAAUAUUUAUUAUGAAAAUUAAUAGAAUAUUUCGUGCACAAUAUGAUUUACUAUUUCGACAAUAUUAUGAUUAUAUUGGACCACGACGAACACGAAAAGAUAUGGAACGUUAUACAGAUAUGUUACUUCAAUCUUAUCAAAAUUUGAAUAAAUUUUUAUGUGCAUAUAUUGAUCGUUCAUUACCAACAUAUCAAUACUUUAUCCGAAAUCGAUAUCUUCUUGAAAAAAUUUUUAAUUAUGAAUUUCAAACUAGGAUAGGUUCUGGUUUAUCAACAAGUAUGGAUAAUAUAUUAUUUAUUGAUGAUGAAAAAGUUUUUACAAAAGUAUUAUUUUAUGGUAAAGAAAAUUCUUUAUUUAUUUGGAAUAUAAUUACUUUUCUCUUCAUGGAUUUUAUUUCUACAAAUUAUGUAUUAGCAGCUAUUAUUACCUUUCUACUUAAUUUAAUUGUAGUUGGCUUGCGUAAUUCAUUUGGUCGACGAAAUUUAUCUAAGAAAACCUUGAUUCCAAGGGAACUCUUGAUUUAA